CGCCCGCAGAGGCUUCUGGGAGUGGUAGUUCGCCCCGCCCUCGCGUCGCACUGACGCAUUUCCUGCGCGUCGCUGGCGGCCGCCAUCAGCUCGGCACUGGCGGGGAGAGCCUCGUUCGGCGGACGGCGUCCUCUUCCCGUCACGCCGUGUGGUCCCGCCACCCCCCGCAGGGCGCGCCCAGCUGGCCGUGGGGAUGGCCACCCGGGUCCGGACCGCUGCCGUCUGGGUCCCACCUCUCCAGGAACGAGACAGUCCUUGCGGUGGGAUUAGAAAGCUCCAAGGCAAGGAAUCCAUCCUGGGUCCUGGGACCCCUGACCAGAGGCCCGUCCCUGGAGGAGCCUGGCAGAGGCGCCAGAGUCCCGGGACAGAGCAGCUCCUCAGGUGGCUGUGUGUUUCUCAAGACCAGCUGAAAACCAGCGAUGCUUGGGGACCACUGUCAUUCAUGGACGUGUUUGUGGACUUUACCUGGGAGGAGUGGCGGCUGCUGGACCCAGCUCAGAAGCACCUGUACAGGAGUGUGAUGUUGGAGAACUAUAACAACCUGGCGUCCCUGGGGCACCAGCACACCAAACCCAGUGUCGUUUUCCAGUUGGAACAAGAAGAGCUGUGGAUGAUGCAGAUCCCAAGUCAGGGCCAUGCAGAUGAAGUCCAGGAAAUUGAUGAUCGUGUGGAAUGGCAUCAGGGAAGUCACGGCAAGCUGGGAAGCAGACCAGAAAGCUACCAGUGUACUGCGUUUGGAAGACUAUCUCUUCAUAGUACAAAUUAUGUUUCUUCAAGACAAGAACUUCAUAAAUGUGUUACACAUGGAAAGAGUUUGAAAUAUAUAGAUUCUAGUAGUAAUUUUGCUGGGAAAUAUCCCAGUGGGUUUCAUGAUCUUAGGGAAUCAUUAUUCCAUUCUAAACAUGAGCAAGCUGUUACUGGAAAAAAAUACUGUGAAAAUAGUGGAUCUGGAAAAAAUGUCAAAAGAGAGUCACAGCUCAUAUGCCAACAAAUGCACGUGGCAGGAAAGCCCUUUGAAUGCAGUUCCUGUAGGGAGGCCUUCAGCAGCAAGUCAUGCCUUGUGGUGGAUCAGCGAAAUCCUGCAGAAGAAAACCCCUGCAGAUGUAAUGGAUGUGGGAAAGACUUCAGCAGCAAGGCCUGCCUCGUUGUGCAUCAGAGAACUCACUCAGGAGAGACACUUCAUGAGUGCAGUGAAUGUGGGAAAACUUUCCGUUUCAGCUCACAACUCAUCAUACAUCAGAGAAUUCACACCGGGGAGAAUCCCUGUGAGUGCUGUGAAUGUGGAAAAGUCUUUGGUAGGAAAGACCAGCUCGUUUCACACCGGAGAACGCAUUCAGGACAGAAACCCUAUGGGUGUAAUGAAUGUGGGAAGGCUUUUGGUUUGAAGUCACAGCUCAUGAUACAUCAGAGAACCCAUACAGGAGAGAAACCCUAUGAAUGCAGUGAAUGUCAGAAAGCCUUUAAUACAAAGUCUAAUCUUAUGGUGCAUCAGAGAACCCACUCGGGGGAGAAGCCCUAUGGUUGUGGUGAGUGUGGGAAAACCUUUACCUUCAAGUCACAGCUCAUUGUACACCAGGGGGCACACACUGGGGUAAAACACUAUGGAUGUAAUCAGUGUGGAAAAGCCUUCAGUUUGAGGUCACAGCUCGUACAUCAGAGAAGUCACACAGGAGUGAAACCUUACGUAUGCAGUGAAUGUGGGAAAGCUUUCAGGAGCAAGUCCUACCUCAUUAUACACGUGAGGACUCACACAGGAGAGAAACUCCAUGAAUGCAGUGAAUGUGGGAAAUCCUUCAGUUUCAGUUCACAACUCAUUGUACAUCAGAGAAGUCACAUGGGAGUGAAACCGUAUGGGUGCAGUGAAUGUGGGAAAGCUUUCAGGAGCAAGUCCUACCUCAUUAUACACAUGAGGACUCACACAGGAGAGAAACCGCACGAAUGCAGUGAAUGUGGGAAAUCCUUCAGUUUCAAUUCACACCUUAUUGUGCAUCAGAGAAUUCACACAGGAGAAAACCCUUAUGAAUGUGAAUGUGGGAAGACGUUUAAUAGAAAAUAUCAGCUCAUCUCUCAUCAAAGAACUCAUGCUGGGGAAAAACCUCAUGGGUGCAGCAAAUGUGGGAAAGCCUUUAGCAGCAAGUCCAACUCAUUAUACACAUGAGAACUCAUUCAGGGGAGAAACAAUAUGAAUGUCACAGACGUGGGAAAGCCUUCAUUUGGAAGUCACUACUCAUUGUACAUGAGUGAACGCAUGAAGGGGAAAACCCGUAUAAGUGCAGUCAGUGUGAGAAAUCCUUCAGUGGAAAAUUCCGGCUCAUUGUACAUCAGAGGAUGCACACAAGAGAGAAGCCCUACGAAUGCAAUGAGUGUGAAAAGGCCUUCAUUAGGAAAUAGCCCGUUGUGCAUCAGAGGGCUCAUUCAGGGGGGAGACCCUGUGGAUGCAGUGGCUGUGGGAGAGCCUUUUGUUGGAAGUCACAGCUCAUCACGCAUCAGAGAAUUCAUGCAGAUGAGAAAUAUGUUGGUGAGUUAAGUGUAAGAAACCAUUUCUCAGGAAAUUCCAGAAAAUUCAUAUAGAAGAGAAACUCUAUAAAUGGAACCAUCUCUGUACACCAGAAAACCCAUCCUGAAGAGAAGCCUCGUGUGUUUACAGCACGUGGAAGGACAUUCAGAGAAAGCUGUUUCCUCUGCACUCAAAAAACGUCACUACAUGUCACAGGAACCCUGUGAAAUCUGUGAACCCUGUGAAAGUUAUCAGGAGGAAGUCAUACCUUUAAUCUUAUGCAGGUGAAGAAAUACACAAAUGAAGUGAAUGUCAGUAAUUUUUUAAUAUGCUAGCAUUUACAAGGGAAAUUCCAUAAUGGAAAUGAAUAUGGAAUACAGUCUUUUGAAAUUCAUGAUCUAUUAACCACUAGGAUUUCAAUGAGAAAAUGUAAAACCAUUGAAUUUCAGGUAUCAGAAUCUCAUGCCUUGGAGAAACCAUGCUGUAAGUUAGGGAAAUUCUUCAUCUAGAAGUGAUAAACUUGUAGCAGAAUAGAGUAUAAUUCAUACUAUAUAUGUCUACACACACACACACACACACACGAAGAUAUAUGAAUGUUUCAAGUGGGGUAAAUUCUCAGCAGGAAGGUUAUAUCACUAUUACUUUGAUUCAUUCCUUUACAAGUAAGGGAAAUUAUGUUCCAGAUGUUCCAAACUUUUAGGAAAAGAUUGGAGAAAAUAUUCAAGUAUCAAUGAUAAGCAUGUUCAUAACAGAACAUAAAGAUUUUUGAAAGUGUGUAAAUAAAUAAUCAGGGUAACAGGACUACAUCGUAAGGCCUACAGGGAUACUCAGGUGUUCUGUUCCUCUCUGUACUAUAAAAUAUGUUUCGUGUAGUUUGGCAUUUUGCUUGUGAAUACCACAUUUGAUAGAGAAAUUUGCCAGGUAACAGUACCGCUUCUCAGGUAUUUCUACUCUGGACAGCAGCAUUCUUAUUAAGAAAUACAACCUGUUACUAUAACAAUAUGGCAGUUAAAAUGCAUCUCAGCACUUCCAGACUUUUCUGUUACUUUGUGCCCUUUGUAAGUGGGCCUGACAACUACCUCUUUAGUUACGUAAUCAAUGUAGUGCCUGUUUUAUGUGGCUGUGUGCUAGAAUCUGUUCUGUCAUCACUGGUGAGAACACCGUGGUUUUCUUCAGGAGCGUCUACAGCGCGUGCAGUCACGACGGGACCCUCACCCACGUGGCCCAGAGCUGGCCGAGAUGCUCCAGGAUUUACAUUUUUAAUGGACCCCCUCCAUACAGAAAAGAAAGCUUAGCUUUUGUUCUCUGGUGGCAUCUUGCUGCAAUUCUCAAUUAAUUCCUUCUAUGUAGAUUACCCAGAGUAGCUUUCAUUACCGUCACUUUUUAAUCCUAGUUCACCUCUCUUUUGCUUUGACGUACCUGGUGUCCUCUCAGUACAUUGAGUGGUGCUCCUGCAAUGUGCACCUGUAGCUGUAGACUCAGGGUGGUGGGAAAUCAUCCUGCUGAUUGCUUACGUAGAGAGUCGGUGUUUUUUCACAACCACACCAGUUACCUUAUGUGCAUGAGCAGUAGUCUGGAAAGAGCUGGGACCCUGGAAAGUGGGUCAGGGCUACCUUGGAGGAAUACGAGGAUUCAAAACUGCAGGUAUUUCUGAAACACCCACUGCUUUGUGCUCUUCACUUCAGCAGGGAAUCCCGUCUCUUACCCAUAGCAACUUUCUUUCUUGAAGGAUGUACUUAAUGAUUUUCUGAAUGCCUGAUCCUUGUGUGCUCAGCGCAUAAUGCAGGACCCAAAGUCAAGACACCGGGGGUGGAGAACGUUGAUUCACAGAAGGGAAGAAGAGUCUUGCAUAAGCAAAGAGUUUCAGGUACUUGCUACAGUUAAACCUGGAAAAUACUGUGUAUGUUGCCCAUGUAUUGCUAUCCCAAGGAACAUACAUACACAUAUUAAAGAAAGAAUGAACACAUACUGUUCAUCCUCUUCCCAGAGCCAGUUAGUUUAAAGCUUGCUGUAUUGUGUGAUGCAGACCCACCUGCAGCCUUGCCCACUAGAAGCCAGAGAUGUUAGCAUAAUGUUGAAGGUAUAAGUCAGAUACUGUGUGAAUGGAUAAUGCUGCAUUGGGUCUGAUCUUAAAUGAAAUGGAAAAGUUACCAGAUAAAUGAAACUUAGCAGAAAUGAAUAGGUCUGUAGCCAGUAAACAAAAUAGAAAAGUUAAAAACAGUCUCUGGCUUGAAAAUCUACCUUGCUCCUCUAACUCUGCCCCAGCCCCGGAAGAGAAGGAGGGUCCAGCGAUUUUCAGUAGGAGUAGAUAAUUUUCAGGAAAGCUAAUUCUAACAUUUUACAGUACUUCACAGAAAAUAAGACAUUUUGGAAAAAAAUGAUGAAGUCAUUUGUGAACAUAUAUUUAAAAAUCCUAAAUGGACUUACCACAAAAAUGUAUCUAAUAAUGUAGAGUUUUUAUUUUUUAAAGUCACGAUGUGUAGCAGGCCACUAGUAGUGAACCCAGUGUUUCUUCAUGACUAACGGGAUCGCUGCAAUUUUCGUGAUGUCUGUGUGCCCAGCUAAAAAGCUACAUUUCUCCAUCUUUGUUGUAGCUGAGUGUGAUCACGCUAUAAAUUCUGAGCAAUGAAAUGGAAAUAGAAGUUGCUGAGAGGGUAUAAUGGGAAUGUUCUUCAGAAGGAAAACAUACAGCUAGGGAGAGCUCUCCCAGUGUCCUUUCAUCUUUCCUCUUUUUAACAUGCAACACAUCAGACGUUUGGAGACUCAGUAGCCAUUGUAAAACCAUCUUAGAAUUCUUCUUGAGGAUGGAAGCCAUCUGCUAGAGUUGAGCAGAGAAAUAAGAGUGUCUGGGCUCUCUGGUGAUAAUGGUGUGGUUGUGCCAGCCCCAGACGACCAAAUCUGGGCACCUUCUUACACAAAAGAGACACGAGCGAUCUUGUUCAAGGCAUUGUUCGUUUUGAUUGGGAGGAGAUUUGGUUCUGUCGUGUGAAGCGGAAUCUGAUCCUAGUUGAGACAUGUUAGGAUGUUUGAAAGAUUGAAUUAGAAAUUCUUUAUGUAAAAUUAACCACUAUACCAGAAGAAAGCCAUAUGAGUGUCUCACUACGUGUAGGUAAAUCAUUUGAUGGACUGUAAUACCCAUGGAUGAUUUUAAAUAUUACUAAGUUGGAAAUAGAAAGUAACUCCUUUAACUUUGUAGGGGAUAUGUUUAAAAAAUGGUCAAAUUUCUUGUUAGUGGUAAAACAGAUACAUACCAUGAAAUUAAGAAAAUUAAAGAAUGCUCAUGACUUUUAUUGAGCAGUGUAAUGGCAGUUCUGGCCAAUGUGUGAUAACAAAAAGUUGUAAGGAAUUAGGGGUUGGGACAGAAACAAAAGUCCUAUUUUUUUGUAGGUAAGAUUUUCAUUUAGAAAAACCAACAUAAACUACAGGCAGAUGUUUAAACUACAGGCUGUAACUCAUAGGCAUAGAAUACAAACUUGUGGUUGCCAAGGGGGCAGGGGGUGGGGUGGGAAGGGACAGACUGGGACUUCAAAAUGUAGACUAGAUAAACAAGAUUAUACUGUAUAGCACAGGGAAAGAUAUACAAGAUCUUGUGGUAGCUCACAGCGAAAAAAAUGUGACAGUGAGUAUAUGUACAUUCAUGUAUAACUGAAAAAUUGUGCUCUACACUGGAGUUUGAUACAACGUUGUAAAAUGACUAUAACUCAAUAAAAAAUGUUUAAAAUCUCAACAACAACAAAAAAAAACAACUACAGGCUGUAAGGCAAGGAGAUGUUUCACACGGCUCCGAGAGCUUGCGGCUUGGCCUUGAGCACAAGCACAUCCCUACAGUUCCUUCGUACUCAGAUCCCAGGCCCUGCUGAGGAAGACUUCCUGCCCUCCAAACGUCUGAAGGCAGUUUUGUGCUAAAUCAAUCAGAAGUUGCGACAAAGCUCGAACAGCUGAAACAGAUCAGAUUGAUUGGGCCCCAACCUGAGAGCUGGCAUUAGAACAUACGUUCCCUUUUCUAGAAGUAAAUAUAUAAUCAGAGCAAAGAAAAUGAUCAGAACAUUGUAAAAUGACUGUAACAAUAAAAAAUGUUAAACAAACAAAAAAACCAAAAUGAUCAGGAAUGUGAAUAAUGAUAAAAGCAGUGUUUCACCAAAGACAGCCCCUUAAACGGGCAUGCACAUAACAACAAAGCCUCAAGGUCAUGCAAAGACACAGCUAAAAGGAGAAAUACACUCUACCAAUUUAGGUGGACACUUCAGCGUUUCUUUCUCGGUAACAUGACUUAGAGACCAAACUCAGCAAGGCUGUGGAAGGGCUGAAUAACAUCAUCGGCAAACGACGUGGUGGACACGUCUAGAGCAGCCAACAGCAGAAAACACACUGUUUUCCGUUGCAUGCGAGGCAUUCGCCAAUAGUUCAUGUCCUCGCCCACUAAUCUUAAAAAUUUUUAAAUAAUUGAAAUUGUACAAAAUGUGUUCAGACUAUAAUGCAGUUUAACAAGACUCAAUUGUAAAAAGAACAGGAAAAUCUCAGAACACUUGGAAAUUAAGCAACCCAAUUCCAAAUAAUUCAUGGGUCUGAGAAAUUUCAAGAGAAAUAUGGAAAAUCUUAAAGUAUUAUUCUAUAAAACAUGCAAAUUAAAAUACAACAGACCAAAAUUUCUGAGAUGCAGAAAAAUCAGUGCUUCAAGGGAAAUUCAUAGCACUGAAAUGCUUAUAUUAAAAAAGAAUGAAGGUCUCACAUCAAUAAUUUAAACUCCUACCUUAAGAAACUAGAAAAAAGAGUAAAAUAAGCCCAGUGUAAACAGGAGUGAAAUAAAAAGACUAGAAACUAAUGGAACAAAGAGUGGAAGGGAAUAAAGAACACAGAUUUGACAACUUUGAUGAAAUGGACUAAAUUCUUGAAAGAAACCAACUAGCAAAGCUUACUCGAAGAAAUAGGUAACCUGAAAGUUGCUACAGUUAUAAAAGAAAUUAAAUUCACAGUUAAAAAUCUCCCAACAAGAAAAAAAUCCAGGCUCAGAUCAUCUCACUGAUGAUUUCCAUGAACUUUUAAGAAAGAAAGAAUACCAGUUCUAUACAAACUGUCAGAAAAUAGGUGACAGGUACUUCUUAACUCAUGAAGUCUGUGUUACACUGAUUGUUUUUAAAAGAUGUGAUACUGACAGGUAUAUACAGAAUGGAUAAACAGGAUUAUACUGUGUAGCACAGGGAAAUAUAUACACGAUCUCGUGGUGGCCCACGGUGAAAAACAAUGUGACAAUGAAUAUAUGUAUGUUCGUGUAUGACUGAAAAAUUGUGCUCUACACUGGAAAUUGACACAACAUUGUGAACUGACUAUAACUCAGUAAAAUAAAAUUUAAAAAACCCCGAUGUUAUCAAAAAGCCUACGAAUGUUCCACAUGAACAUAGAGGUAAAAAUCCUAAAUAAAAUGCUAGUUAAUUUAAUUCACCAGUAUAUAAAAGGGGUAAUACAUGAAGGCAAACUGGAGUUUAUCUUGGGACUGCAAAGCUGAGAUGGAUUCCGUAUUCAACCAGGGGUAGGAAGUAGCUUCCUCAGACUAAUAAAGCACAUCUGGAAAAUGUCUAUAGUUAAUGUUAUAAUGGAGAAAAACUGAAUAGCUCCCCCAAGAUUGAGAACAAAUCAAAGAUGCUCACUGUGACCACUCCAAUUCAACAUUGUAGUGCAAGGCUUAGCUGACUGCAUAAGGCAAGAAAAAGAGAUUUAAAAGAUACAGAUUGGAAAGCAAGAACAACUUUAUUCAGAGACAGCAUGAUUGCCUUCACUGAAACUUUUAAAAAACUUUACCAAAAAAAAAAAAAAGAAGCCACCAUAAUACACAUGUCAGUUUAGAAAUCUAGAAUAUAAAAUCAAUAUUCAAAAAUAGUUGUAUUUUUACAUACUUGCAAUAGACAACUGGAAAUUUGAUUAAAAUGCACUACUAUUUAUGAUAGUACCACAAAAACCCAUGGAAUGAAGUCAAGUGAACUAUAUGCCGAGAACAAUGCAGAAGAGGAGACGAUGGCCAGGACAACGGGCGGACGUGCUGCGUUGGUGGAGUGGGAGGUUCAGUGCUGUUACAGCGUCGUGUUCCCCACGCGGAUCUAUAGACUGUAUCCCAUUCCAAUCAAAUUCCCAGGAGCGUUUGCUGUAAAAGUUGACAAGUGUGAUACUGAGAUUUACGUGGAACAGCAGAAGAACUACAUACAGUGUUGAACAGGGAAAACAAUGUUGCAAGACACACCAUUUUAUUUCAAGGCCUAACCGUCAGCUUCAGUAGCUAUGACACUGUAGUUUCGUGAAAGGAGGGACAUACAGAUUAGAGUCCUGAAAAAAAAAAUACUCUAUAGUCAGUUUGUAUCAAAGUUAGAAAAAUAGUUCAUUGGAAAGACGACAGUAUUUUUUUUUAAUGGUGCUAAACUUGCACGUCUGCAAGAAAAAAAAAAAGUCUUGAUCUGUACUUUCACCACAUACAAAAGUUAAUUUUCUCAGGACUAUAUCAGAGGCUGAGCUUUACCCUGCUAAAGGGCUGGUUGUUAGCAUUUAAUAUAUUUAAUUUCAUAUCUAAGACUAUGAGGGUUGAGCCAGGAUGGAAGAAUGCUAUAUAAAGAAUUUCUGGUAAAGUAGUAAAGCUCUGAGUCAGCAUGGGAACAGGCGAGAGGGAGCAGUAAGAGAUUGCCAUUAAUAUUAGGAGGAAACCAAAGGGAACCCCUUUAACUGACUGGCUGAUAAUAAAAACGGAGAAAUGUGGGAUUCAGGACAAUACAAAAGUAACAGCUGGAACAAAAUUACGAAGCCUUCUAAAUUACGAAGUAAGCUAUUUGAAAGAACAAAGAACCACACAGAACAGAAAGGUGAAUAGAAAUAAGAUGCACUGAAAUAAUAGAGGAAGCAGGAGAAAAACUAUGACCGUGGAAUUCCAGCUGGUAAAUGUAGAAGAAAUGAUGAAGUUAGAAAGAUUGUUAUUUGGCAGCCACUAUAGUGAGGACUGUUUCAGGCAGGAGUUACGAUGAAUGCUAAAACUUGUAAGCAAAAAUGUUAUGAGUAACAAAUAUUUCAAGAAUCUUGUCAUUUGGAAAUGGUGGCCAAUUACCCACCUCAGAGAGUCUUGUGUGCUCAGUAAACAGCCCUGGGCUCCGAGCCCCUGACCCCACCUCGCCCUGAACUACCAGCGGAGGCAAAGGUUUGUAGCAGGUAAAGGGGCCUUGCUUGGUCACAGCAUCACUGCCCAGGCACCUUUGAGCCUGAAGCAAAAGGGAAAACCAGUAAUACUCAUCUUUAAAAAAAAUUGUUUUUAAUGUUUUGUUCAUCAUAGAUUCUCUGGCAAAAAUAAUUGAUCAUUUUCAAAAAUACUGUAUUAAAAUGUGACUUACCUUAA